AUGUUUUACUCGGAAAUCGACUCUUACCAAGCACGAGAGGGUUCACACUGGAGAGAAGCCAUUUUCCUGCUCUGUGUGCGGGAGUUGUUUUUCUGCAAAAGACAAGCUCGUUAUACAUCAGAGGAUUCAUACUGGGGAGAAACCCUUUCCCUGUUCAGAGUGUGGCAAGUGUUUCAGGCAAAAGUCCGACCUGGCUACUCACCGCCGCAGCCACACGGGGGAGAAACCACAUUCCUGCGCAGUGUGCGGGAAGUGUUUUACUGA